AUGGAUCUCACGUUCCAGUUGAUAGAACAGAUUACCAAAAGUUUCUCUGACGAUCAAAAAAUUGGCUGUGGUGCAUAUGGGGAAGUUUACAAGGGAGUGCACAAUGGUGAAGAAAUUGCCAUUAAGAAGCUUUACAACAUGCAAGGGAUUGAUGACAAGGAAUUUACAAAUGAGUUCCGUAAUCUUAUGAAGGUCAAGCAUCCGAACAUCGUACGCUUAAUUGGCUACUGCUAUGAAAUACGACAUAGACAUGUUGAGAUGAACGGAGAACUUGUUUUCGCUAAAAUAAUAGACCGACUUCUCUGCUUUGAAUAUAUGGAGGGUGGAAGCCUUGCUAAGUAUAUUUCUGAUGAAUCCUGUGGUCUUGAUUGGCCCACUCGAUACAAAAUCAUUAAGGGAAUUUGUGAGGGUCUAAAUCAUCUUCAUAAUGCGCGGAGUGAUUAUAUUUAUCAUCUGGAUUUGAAACCGGAUAAUAUACUGUUGGAUAAAAACAUGAUGCCCAGGAUUGCAGAUUUCGGCAUGUCAAGACUCUUAGCUUCAUCCAAAACCCAUAUAACUCAAACUCUAAAAGGAACACUAGGGUACAUGCCACCAGAAUUCAUUGACAAGCGCAGAAUCACAAAGAAGUAUGAUGUGUUCAGUGUUGGUGUCAUAAUUUUACAAGUAAUGGCUGGAGCUCAGGGCUACAACAAUUGUUGUGAGAUGUCUUCUCCCCAACAGUUUAUCGAGCUUGUACAUGAGAACUGGAAGAAAAGGCUUCAAGGGAUGCCAAUGCAGGAAAAUACUUACUCAAUUGACAUCCUAGCAGUGCAGAGAUGUAUUGAACUCGCAGUGAGAUGUGUGGAGGCCGAUCCCGUAAAAAGGCCUAGUAUAAUGGACGUCGUCGAUGAGCUGAAUAAACUAGAUGCUGACAUGAAGAAUAUAUCACUUCCAUGCCAGGAAACUUCUGAUUCCAAAGAUCUUGAGCUCGAUCCUGCCCUCGAGCUACGCUUCCCAUUUGAGCUAAACAGGGACAUAUCAUGUUGUAUGCAGCUAAUCAACAAGACAAACGAGUUCGUUGCAUUCAACAUCAGAACCAAUAAAAUGAAGUACAGUGCACGGCCAAAUAACGGGACUAUGGCACCAUAUUCCAAGAUUUAUAUCACAUUUACAUUGCUGGCACAAGACAAGGAUCCACCCUAUAUGCGGUGCCAAGACAUGCUCAUUGUGCAGAGCACUAGGCUCAGCAUGGAAUCCGGUGAUGAGAUCACUGACGAGUUCUUCGAGAAGGCAGUGGCAAGUAGGGUGGUGGAUGAGGUGAAGUUGCCGAUUGUCUAUGUUGUGUAG